CCAGUGGUGCCAAGGAAUGUGCCUGGGCGAGGCAGGAGGGGCCGCGGAGCCGCAGCCACCCGGAGGCAGAGCACAGGUCACGGCGUGGAGGUGCCCGGCCACCAUGCUCAGUCUCAAGCUGCCCCAGCUCCUCCGAGUCCACCAGGUCCCUCGGGUGUUCUGGGAGGACGGCAUCUUGUCUGGCUAUCGCCGCCCCAGCAGCUCGGCCCGGGACUGCGUCCUCAGCUCCUUCCAGAUGACCAACGAGACGGCCAACAUCUGGACUCACUUCCUGCCCACCUGGUACUUCGUGUGGCGCCUGCUGGCGCUGGCAGGGGCUCCGGGCUUCCGGGCGGAGCCGUACCACCGGCCGCUGCUCGUCUUCCUGCUGCCCGCCUGCCUCUACCCCUUCGCGUCGUGCUGCGCGCACACCUUCAGCUCCAUGUCGCCCCGCGCGCGCCACAUCUGCUACUUCCUGGACUACGGCGCGCUCAGCCUCUACAGCCUGGGCUGUGCUUUCCCCUACGCCGCCUACUCCAUGCCGGCCUCCUGGCUGCACAGCCGCCUGCACCGGCUCUUCGUGCCUGCUGCCGCGCUCAAUUCCUUCCUGUGCACCGGCCUCUCCUGCUACUCCCGGUUCCCGGAGCUGGAGAGCCCUGGGCUCAGUAAGGUCCUCCGCACGGCCGCCUUCGCCUACCCCUUCCUGUUCGACAACCUCCCUCUCUUCUACCGGCUUGGACUGUGCUGGGACAGGGGCCCCGGCUGCGGGCAGGACGCCCUGAGCGCCAGCCACGGCUACCACCUGCUGUGCGCCCUGCUCACUGGCUUCCUCUUCGCCUCCCACCUGCCCGAGCGGCUGGCCCCGGGACGCUUCGACUACAUUGGCCACAGCCACCAGCUCUUCCACAUCUGUGCCGUGCUGGGCACGCACUUCCAGCUGGAGGCCGUGCUGGCUGACAUGGGAUCUCGCCGAGCCUGGCUGGCCACGCAGGAGCCCCCCGUGGGCCUGGCGGGCACGGUGGCCGCGCUGGGCCUGGCGGUGGCCGGGAACCUGCUCAUCAUUGCUGCCUUCACAAGCUCCCUGUUUCGGGCCCCCAGCACCUGCCCCCUGGUGCAGGGCGGCCCUCUGGAGGGGGGUAUGAAGGCCAGACAGCAGUGAGGCUCCAUCUCUGAGCCUGCCCUGGGGGAAGGCGGAGGCCAGGCCUUGGUGCCGGGGAGGAGCCCAGACUCGGGCCUGAUGGGUGGGGCACGUGGAAGCCUGGAGCCUAGAGUGGCUGCGGAGAGAGGGCAGAGGAGAGGAAAGGGCCAGGGCGCUGCCGGCAGCAAGCAAGAGGGGCAGCGAGGGUGUGCUCAGCGGGGCCGGGGAAGUGCGGAGGGUCGGAGAGGGGCCGCGCGAGCGCCAGGCCACAGCUGAAGGCUGGGACGGGAAGGUGCUGAGGCCCUGACGCCUGGUCCCGUUUCUGGCUGCGAGUCUCUGCCAAGCCCGGGGAAGCACUAACAGGACUAACCUAGACCCCCGACCCCGCGCGCUCGGCCUGCAGACCCAUGGCCGCCCUGCCACCCCCACCAGGGGCCCUCUGCCCUGGGGGAAGAGGCUGUCCCCGGCACAGCCACGCGCUCCAGCUGUCCGGGCCUUCGGGUCUGUGUGGGAGUCCUGGGUGGGGGGAGGGGUGCUGGGCUAGAGGGGGACCCUAAUAAUUAGACCUUUAGAAAGCUCCCUUCGAUGCUUCCAAAUAAACCAGUCAACGGCA